GACACGGCGGCAGACCGCCGCGCGGGGUGCGUGCGCGCGUCCGCGGAGGAGCUGCUGGCGUCGGUGCAGGCCCCCGGCGGCGCGAGCACGGCGGACGCGCUGGAAGACAGGCAGUUGGCGAGCCAGCUGCGCGCCCUGCGGGCCCUGCACGCUGCCGGGCCGGCGGAGGUGGGGCACCGCCCGACGGCGCGGUGGCUCUGCGGGCGGCUGCUCGGGCACGUCCGCUCCGGCGAGGGCGCGUGGAGAAGGGACUGCGGCAACCCAGUCUUCGGCCUCCUGGCCGCGGUGCCGGCCGUGCUUGCCGCCGAGCCCGACGCGAGCACCGAGGACGACGCCGGCCUUGCAGCCGACGCCGUGCGCGCCCUGGCC